UCAUAGAUGGCAUUAAUGUCUCUACAAAGUACCAUCUUGCGGAUAAAAAAUGAACUAGAAAAUUAGGCGCAAUUUGUUUGCCGUUUUAUUUGGCACCAAUUGGUUAAUUUUUGUUAUUCGAAGGUAUUAGGUAAUUGAAUCCUUGUGUACUUCGAUACUAUUCAAGGUUUAAUCUAUGAAUGCUACUGUAUGAUACAAUACAAGUGAUAUCCAGACUAUCCAGAGUGCUACAAAAUAGUGAAUCUACAACGAGAGAUUACUAAAAAUAUUAUGUCUCCGAGAUUAAGAAAAUAUCGUGUAAUGGAUACAUCUGUUAUUAUCACAAGAAAAAGAUCCAAAAUACUUAAUUCGAUAAAUAAGAAUUCAAACUCUUUACAAGACACUAAGCAGAAUAUAGAAAAUCAAAAGAAAAGUAAGGCCAAUGUUUCAGUUAUAAAAGAUAAACGAGUAAAACAUAAAAAAUCUUUGAAUAUUCAAUUUUCAAAAAAGAACAUGCAAUCGGAAAGACCGAAAAAAAAUAAUACUUCUAAUAAAUUUACAAUGAUAAAAAAUCCUAUCCCAAAGGCAAAUAAAGUUAUAUAUGAUGAUAUUGUAAGUGAUGGUGAUAACACAUCAUGUGAACUAAUUAAUGAUUCAUUUAUCAAUUUGAACAUAAAUAAUGAACAAAAAAGCAAAUAUGACAUAUCACUGAAUGAAACUAUUACUCCUAAAAGUAGCCCUAUUUCGAUAACUUUAACACCUCAAAGAACAACCAAAACACCAAGAAAAUCACCAUUGCCUUUAACUUCUCCAAAAACACAUUCUGAAAUUCCUCUUAGAAUAUCAAAAACUCCUAGAAAGCUGAUGCUUUCUGUUAAUUCUGCGACUAAACUUAAUAAUUGUGAAAUAUCUUUACGAAACAGGAAGAGUAUAAAUAACAGUUUAUUAAAUAAUGUUUCAAUGAAUAAUGUUAAAAUAAGGCUAAACAAAUUAAAGACAAGUUAUAUAUCUACUGAAAAUUUAACAAGAUUAUCAAAAUCUUCAAACAUGAUGUUAAAAUCGCCAGACACAAAGUCAAAAUCAUUGAAAAUGAAAUCUAAUGAAAAAGGUGAGAAGUUCAUUGUAACAACAGUGAAAGAAUCCCCAAAUGAGAAUAUAUCAACAAAAAGUUCUACUAGAUCCAAAAAAGGUAAUAUAGAACAGAAGUCAUUGUCAAGUGAAGCAAGUGACUUAGAACUAACUUUGACAAAUGUAAAUAAUCUAUCAACUUUGUAUAGAGAGAUAAUAUCAAAAAAAGCAAUGGUGAUACUUGAAAGAAUUCCAUCAUUGGAUGACUUAAGUCUAUUACUAAAGUCUCAAAAUAAUCCAAUGAAUAGUACAUUUGAUGUAAAACAUGUGCAACAACAAUUAUGUAAAGAUCCAGAUUCUCUAAAAAAUUCAAUUUUAUUAAAUAUAUUAUCAAAGAACAAUGAAGCAUUAAAUAAUACAUAUUCUUUAAAUUUAAAAUCCACUUCACAAAUAAAGCUUAAAUCACAUUUAAAUGAUGAUAUAUUGCUUCAUUUGUCACCAAAAGCAACAAGUAGUCCUGUUAUUGAUAACAAAAUGUAUGAAAAUUCUAUUCAUCUAGAUUCUACCAAUAAACUAAAUAAAUCAUCUAACAACAGCAAAAAUAAUACUAUAAAUAUUAAUGAUAAGGAAAUAAAAGCAGAUGAGACAUAUGAACUCCUUGAACCAAAAACUCCACACUUACAACGACAAUGUAGAAAACGUAGAGCAGUAGAAUUAGAUACCAAUGAUAAAAGAGAUGUAAAAAGAGCAUGUAAAGUUCGUUUUGCUGCUUCAGAAUCUCGUAUUAAUAAAUCACAGACAACAUUAUUGGAAAGUAAGAGUACUAAACUAAAUACUUCGAUUUCUUUAUGCAAAACAAAACAUGUUAGUAAUAUAACAGUUAGAAAAACUCCAGUUAUAAGACAUAUUUCUCAUAUGAGAUCAAGUUCUGUGUCCAAUGCUUUAGCAAAUAAAACUAUAUCAGACUCUGAAUUUAAGAGAAGGUCUAGCUCUAUGUCUAACAUUAAUAGAACACUUUAUAACAAUAGUAGAAAAAUGGACAAGACACUCUCUUCUACAUUAAACAAAACAAAACAUAUUGGAAGUCAAGAAAAAAAAGAUGUCAAAAUACAUAGUGCCAAAAAAAUUCCAAAUUUUUCUGAAAUUCAUAAAAAACUGUUUUCAAAAAUGGAAUCUCUUGUCGAUAAUAAAAAUCGCCUGAUAAAACAACAUGAAGCAUUAAAAACAUUCAAUGUUUCAAGAUUAGAAACAAAAAAUAUAAAGAAACCUUUACCAACUGAAAUAAAACGUGAUGGCUACACUAAAUUUGGUUUUAAGAUAAGAAAAGCUGAUGCUACCAAUAUUAUUUUAAGAAAGCAACAAAUAAAUCGACAAAAAGAAAAACGAGAAGAAAAUAGAGUACUAUUAAGAGGUGUAAGAACAAAUAGGCGAUUUGAACUUCAAAUGAAAAUGCGUAAACUAUCUGAUUAAGUUUAUAGAUAUUCUUUUAUAUUACUUAAUAUAGAUUAUUAUUAAGUAAGGAAUAAUAAGUAAUUGAUCAGAGUUCUACUUCUUAUUAUAAUUUUGUAAACAGUAAUACGACGAUUAUUUUAUUUUGCAUUGUUUACUCAAUAUUUAAAAAUAUAUAUAUCAAACUAACAUUUUUAAUUGAAAAAAAAAUGAAACAUAGAUUAUUUUAAAUAUAUCAUAGUUUAUAAAAAAUUCUACUGUUAUAGUAUUAUUUUCGAAGUCUUGAAAAGACCUUAGAGUAUUGUAUUCUUUAUAUGAAUAUAUACAAAUAUUUAAUAAUUUUAGUAAUUUCAGUUUACACGAUAAUUUUUUAAUUUGAUUAUACCUAUUCAUACUAUACUUAUUCAUUUGUUGUAUGUUAUUGUAUAAUAAGAACAGUAAAAAUAAGAGUAAGCUCUCUAUUGUUUUAAUUUACUCAUAAAAUAUAGUGAACUUAAUUAAAAUUUACGCACAAAUCUACAAAUUUCGAAAUGUUUAAGAAAAAAUUAAAUGUACAUAUUUGUGAAUUACGACGUGUUUCUGAUAGCAAUUUGCCAAAGUUACCACCUAAUGCAAAUAUUUUUGCUCGUUGGAAACGACAGUAUCAAAAAUUGAUCUUGGUCUGCAGAAAACAUCCGCUGACACAUUUCUUGUUACGUAGUCAUGCUGCUAUAACUUUUGAAAAAAGAAAGCAUGAUCGUUCAUUGCAUUGGUGGAUAAUACAUCCAUAUAGUACUUUAAGGUAUUACCAAAAAAAAAAAAAUGUAUAAUAAUUACAUUAUGCAACAUAUAAUCUUUUAGAUUUUUCUGGGAUGUUCUGAUGAUGAUAACAUUUCUUUAUUUUUUUAUCAUCUAUCCAUAUAUCAUAGGAUUUCAUAGAAUAGCAAAAAACGCACAUCCUGAGUUAUUGAAAAUUAUUACUCCUGCAUAUGUAAUUUGUAUAAUUGAUAUGAUUCUUAAUUUUAUAACUGGAUAUGUAGGAAUUGAUGAUCAUAAAAUAUUUCUGGAUCCUUAUUUGAUAAUGCGGUAAAUUUUUUAAAAAUUCUUAAAAAAAAUAUUUACAACAUACAGAAAAUUCUAAAUAUAUUUAAUAAUAUGAUUUGUGUUUAAGGCAUUAUGUAAAGACAUAUUUUUUCAUAGACCUUGUUUCCUCUGUUCCUUAUACUUGGUUUUAUAAAGAACGUAUAUUACCACCUGGUCCUGAUUCAAAUUCAAUAUUUCUUUUACUUGAAAUUUUACCUGUAUUAAAAAUUAUAAGAUUAGGUACACUGCAUGAGUAUUUUAGACAACUUAGUAUUGUAAGUAUCAGUAAGAUAACAAUGGUUUC